AUGGCCUACAUUGACAAUAUCAUUGUGUUCUCUGAAAACGAAGAAACACAUCAGAAACACGUCCACAAGGUGUUGGCUGCCCUCGAAAAGGCAGGACUAUCCGUCAACCCAAAGAAGAGCGAGUUCCACAAGGAACAAGUAGACUUCCUGGGCUAUCGCAUCUCUCCGGGUGUACGAGGAUUCCUGGGAUUCGUCAACUUCUACCGACGCUUCAUUGAGGGAUUUGGAGGCAUCGCUAAACCAUUAAAUGACCUGACCAAGAAAGACAUUGCCUUCAACUGGACUAAAGAAUGCGAUGACGCCUUCAAUAAGCUCAAGCAAAUGAUACUGGACGACCCAAUCCUCAUGCUACCAGACCCUGAUAAAGAAUUCGAGGUCGAAACCGACGCUUCCGACUGGGCUAUGGGUGGACAAUUAGGACAACGAGAUGAUCAGAAUUUUAAGGUCUACUCCGAUCACAAGAACUUGACAUACUUCACUUCGACAAAGGAACUCAACCAGCGACAGACCCGAUGGUCAGAAUUUCUGUCACAAUUCAAUUUCAACAUUCAUUAUAGAAAAGGAUCCGAGAACGCCAGGGCAGAUGCGCUAAGCAGGAGGGAAGAUCUGAAGACCAAAGAAGCCACCCUAUCAGCAGCUCUGUUCAAGGCCAACAACGAUGGUUCCUUGCGACACGAACCCAUCGUACAGGAUCAUGACAAUGAAUUUGACGAGGACCUAAAGGUCUAUGCUAUCGCAAGAAGGGAACCCGACGACUGGAUUGAGAGGAUCAUCAACGCACAGCACGAAGUUGAUGAUGAAGAGAUCAAACGACACUUGUCAACUUCAGUCGAACCAUGGAUGCAUAACGGCAAGCUAUGGGUACCCUCAGCACUGCAGAAGGAACUAGUGAAAGACAUCCACGAGUCGCCAGAUGAGGGAGGACACGCUGGCAUCACACGCACCAUCGCCAGGGUCCAAGAAACGUUCGGAUUCGCCAAAAUAAAGGAUGUCGUGACCGAAGCAUCCUAG